AUGGUUGGCUUAAUAAUGGGGCGCUUCCUGGGCGAUCAAACGAUGCCUUCACACUUGAAGGAGGUACAAUUGGUAGAGCUGGGCGGGAAAAGAGUUGGCCGUGGGCCACGAAGUAGCGGUGGAUCUUGGCCAAAUAGUGGUGGACCACGCUGUUGUACUGUGGACGAUGGCCGUGUUGCCAAAAAAUGUUGGUGGCGAGUGCCGGACGUGGGCGAACUGCUGAAAUUUUAUUAUUUAGGAUUAGCACUGAUCGAGAUGGCUCCAACGACAGUGAUAAAUAAAGACGCCAAAACCCAUUUUGCAUUUUAUCUGAUUAAGCAUGGCUUGUUUGAACCACUGUACAAGUUUACCGAAACUUCUUUUAACGAAAGUAAACGAACAGAUGUCCAUCCAAAGACCCGUUCGUGGACGAAUGUUGGCAUACGUGGUGGCGCCACUGCAGAUGUUGAUGGUGGAACUCCAUUGAUGGCACUGGAAGAUUGUUUAUCUCCUGCUAGUGUUGCUGCAGAUGGUGGUAUCGGAGCUCCACGUUCACCGCCAUAA